UACCGGGGAGGGGAGAUGUACGCGAGACCUGUCGAAAUCUCAGAAUUUGGGAUUACCGGUGUACCUACGCAUAAAAAGGACUGUUAAUCGCAUUUCAGAAGAACGAUGUCUUAUUGGUCAAUACAAGAUAGAUCGUAAGGUCUCUGGUGACUCCAGCCAGCUGCCCUCCUGUCUGCCAGCUCUACCUUUGAAGUAGGUGUGAAUGCCAUGCACCUAUAAAGACAGUCACCUACAAAGGAAGCUGCCACCUCAUUGCUAACUAGGCACAAAAACCCUGUUGCCAUGGGGAACCAGUUGACAGAGAUUGCCCCCAACACGCCCUUUUUGCCAAACUUCCAGUCCUUGCACGUGGUGGUCAUCGGCCUUGACUCCGCUGGAAAGACCUCACUGCUGUACAGACUGAAGCUGCGGGAGUUUGUCAAGACCAUUCCAACCAAGGGCUUCAACACGGAGAAGAUAAAGGUGGCAGUGGGCAACUCACGUGCCAUCACAUUCCAGGUGUGGGACGUGGGCGGCCAGGAGAAGUUGCGGCCCUUGUGGAAAUCAUAUACGCGGCGGACAGAUGGCAUGGUCUUCGUGGUGGACUCCACUGAGGCUGAGCGCAUGGAGGAGGCUAAGGUGGAGCUGCACAAGAUCACACGCACAUCAGAGAACCAGGGUGUGCCUGUGCUCCUGCUGGCCAACAAGCAAGACCUGCCUGGUGCACUGUCAGUGGCUGAGGUGGAGAAGGUGCUCGCCCUCCAUGAACUGAACACCUCCACCCUGCACCAUGCACAGGGCUGCAGUGCUGUUGAUGGCCAGGGCCUGCAGCCUGGCCUGGAGAAACUGUACGAGAUGAUUCUGAAGAGGAAGAAGAUGGUCAGACACAGCAAGAAGAAGAGAUGAGCCAUUCGCCCAGUCGACCUUCCCUUUUUCAAAACUCUGGAACCUCGGCUAAGGUUCCUUUAAAACGAGAGAAUUUGCAGCAAGUUGCCAAACAAAGGAACACUUAGCCCUGAGGUCAGAAAAAAUGGAUUUGUCCUUUAAGUGACAUGCAGUAUUGAACCGCUUUCUUCUGUAGCUAGUGUUUGCGCUGCAGCUGCCCUUUGUAUCUAAGGAAAUAUGUGAUUGCUCAAAUAGGCCGUAGCAUCAGCAGAAUUUAGCCCAGGCAUCCAUGAAGUUGGAUAGACUAAAAUUUUCAUUUCAACCAAACAGCUGCAUUGAGGCUAAUAGCUUGGUAAGAUAACGAUUUUGCAGAAUCACAAAAAAAUCACAGCCCCCCUUGGCUGUCAGCAAAGAUAACACUGCUUUGUGGUUUGGGGAGGAAUGCCAGCACUGGUAUGUUAGGUGAGCUACUACAAAGGUACUGUUUGUUUUGGUAGUUAUAGACAUAAUGUCUAAGGUGAA